AUGGAUCCAAACAGUGAGCCCGCAGCAACCCGUCGCUCAGGGCGUGCCCGCAAGCCAAACACAAGAUAUGCGGAACUCAGCUCUGACGACGAACUCAAUUCGCCCGCCGGCGUGAAGGCCAGCCGGAAGAGGGCGUCGCUCGACUCCAAGUCUUCAGCAAAGCUGGAAGAGUCAGCCAAUCCCGAGGGAUCAUCGAUGCUCAAGGAGUCACCCGCUACAGAGGAGCCAAAGACAGCUAUUCGGCCUCGACGAAAUGCCAAGCGCAAGGCAGCCCCCGAAGUCUUUGACGUGCCCGUGAACGUCCUGGAGGCUUCGUUAGGACCAUGGCAAGAGAAUGAGCUAACAGAAUGGCCAAGCUGGACGGACGUGGAAUCUGACCCAGUCUUCUUCAAUCGUAUCCUCAGACUGCUCGGCAUACGGGAGGCCAAAACGACCAACAACGCUUGUGCGACAGUUGCUUUAUUCAAUAUCAUCAUGAACGCCCAAGACCUUCCACUGGACACAAAUCUGUCCAAGUUCAAGGAGGAAUCUAGACCCCUAUCUCCACCGUUGCGUGGUCACCUUCUCAGCAACAGUUCGUGGAUAAGGGUAGCACAUAACCAUUUUGCACGGCGUCUGGACCUUCUCAAUGCAGCCCUGGCCCUCGAGAACAAGGCUGAGGAAAGCAAAAAGAAGCGGGCUAGAACCACAGCGCGCCGUAAGAAGGGGCAGGAGAUCGAGGAUGCCUAUCACUUUGUUGCAUAUGUACCAAACCACCGGGACCGUAGCGUAUGGGAACUCGAUGGGCUGAAGUUUAACCCUCGCUACGUUGGAAAAUUCGAGGAAGGGGCGCACUGGACAAGUGUAGCCCAGCCUGUCAUCCAGGAAAAGAUGAUGGAGUAUGAAGCCGGUCAAUUGGCGUUUAGCCUCCUCGCUCUUUGCGGAGACCGUCGGGCCGCACUGCGGCGUCAACUCGCUGUCAACAUCCAUUGCACAAAAUUGCUGGAUGAUGCAUUCGGAAGAGAAUCGGCCUGGUUUGAGGAAGAUAAUGAGUCGCCUUCAUUCAAGGACCAUAUCAGCAACUUCAACGACAUGAGUAAACUUGACGAGUUCCAGCUCAGUGCGGACGAAGCUCAACUCAUUAUCGAGAGUUCAGCAGAUGCCCAUCAGUUGCAAGAUAAAAUACAGGCCGGUGGUAUGGAGAUGGCUGAGGCGCUGCUUUUUAGAACGGAGCUCCGCCAGAAACAGGAGCAGAUUCGGGCGGAGUACUACACUGAAGUCGCUUCUGGGCCGGAAGGUGACGAGGACGGUGAUUCUCAGGAUGAAGAUCCUGGACGGAGGAAGGACCACACACCAGCAAUUCAUGAAUGGGUGACGAAGCUUGCCGAGCGUGGUGUGCUGAGGGAGCUACACGAACAGGUGAAAUCGCGAAACGGUUCAUAA